AUAAACUUUUACGAAUGUGGAGUUCAGCGCCAUGGACGACGCCCUUGUGUUGAAAAAACGCGGCUACACGUUGGGAAUCAGUCUGGGAGAGGGAUCUUACGCCAAAGUCAAAUCUGCGUACUCUGACCGCCUGAAAAGCAACGUCGCUGUGAAAAUCGUCAACAGAAGGAAAGCUCCUGCAGAUUUCUUAGAGAGAUUUCUUCCACGGGAACUGGAGAUCCUCGCCGUCCUGAAUAACCGCUACAUCGUGAAGACUUACGAAAUAUUUGAAACUUCGGACGGGAAGGUGUACAUGAUCAUGGAACUGGGGGUUCAAGGGGACCUGCUCGAGUUCAUUAAGUUUAGGGGUGCUUUGCCUGAAGAAGUCUGCCGCAAGAUGUUUCGACAGCUAUCACUGGCAGUGAAAUACAUCCAUGACUUGGAAAUCGUUCACAGAGACCUCAAGUGCGAGAACUUGCUCCUGGAUAAGGACUUCAACCUCAAAGUCUCGGAUUUUGGCUUUAGCAGGCGCUGUAACUAUGACGAGGAUGGCCAGCUGGCGCUCAGUAAAACGUUCUGUGGCUCAGCUGCGUAUGCAGCCCCGGAGGUUUUACAGGGCAUCCCAUACAAUGCAAAAGUGUAUGAUAUCUGGAGUAUGGGUGUGGUUUUGUUCAUCAUGCUGUGUGGCUCAAUGCCUUAUGAUGACUCAAAUGUCAAGAAAAUGCUUAGAAUCCAAAAGGAACACCGAGUGGAUUUCCCGAGGGGUAAACACGUGCCAGCGGACUGCAAGGAUCUGCUCUACCGCAUGCUUCAACCGGACGUGUCUAAGCGCAUUGGAAUUGAUGAGAUUUUAGAUCACCCUUGGUUACAACCCUCGAAACAGAAAAAAGCCUGUGAAAAUUGCUCAAAAAGUUCCUCGAAAAGUGACACUAAAGGAGAGACUAAAGCAGACAGCCGACAUGAGAGCAGGCGGGGUCCCAGAGCGGACGCAGACGAUUAAUUCGAUUCUGAAGGUCUUGAUGAAGGCAGAGAAAAAUGAUUUAAAUCUCAUUAUACAGAGCCCACCCCAACCAGUACCGCAGUCAACCGCACAAAGUCAUCUCAAAAGGUUAAGGAAACUAUAGAAGAUGAUGAUUAAGCUAUUACUAGCUUCAUUUUUGUGCGCUUUAUUAAAACUAGGAUUCUCGGUAAAAUAGCAAAUUAUUACAACGGAACUCUAUCGUACAGCUCGUUAUUAUUAGGAUGUUUUAAACGCAAUUAUUUUCCAAUGGCUUUUUCUCCCAACGCUUGGAAAAUAAAUGUCUCUGCAUAACAUACAAACGCUGCAGAUCGUCGAUUAAUUCAGAGUGACUAAGCUAGGGAAAUGAAUUAGUUAUAUAUCUCUGAAUAAAAACGCAAUAAUCAGAAACAACCACGAAAGGGAACAUCAACUGGUCUUAAAAUAACUACUAGAGGCAACGAAGACGCAACUUCAGAUAUAUGGUGUCUACAGCUAUGGCCACAGGUUUUGCAUCUCCAAUUAAUUUUGCUUCAUAAAGUGGAAUGAACCUGCGCAAUACUGUUUCGUUAACAUAUCGAACUGCAUUCCGCUUUGUAGUUUUCCAUAUACUUAAUGAAAAACUGAUAUACACUAAUUGAAAAAUUUAUAAUUAUAUCAUGAAAUGCUGGACUACUAGUAUGGCUUCCAGUAGACUUUUGCGAUGUCAUUUUGUAGUUUCUUUAGUUACAUAAUGUUAAAUAAAAUAUCUAAACUGUCCAUAAUUAUAACUUUAAAAUUGUAGGUUUGUGUAAAUCUUCUGGCCAUAGCUACAGGUCUGUGCUGUCCCCGUGAAGGAAACGUGCUCAUUAUUCAGAGAGACGCUCGUCUAUGCACCCAGAAGGUAAUACCUUGUUUAUAGCGUUGG